UUGACGACCUCUGAAAGCGAUUCUCUACGCGAGCAGCCUUCACAAUCCUUUCCUUUUUUUAUUUCUAACGCUUCUAUUGGGACCUGUUGAUCCUUGGUAAUGCUUUGGACGUCGUUGGAAAUCUUGUUCCGGGUGUACCUGGCGUAGUUGUGAAGUUCUACGACAUUCAGCGAAUUCCGGUUCGCGGGACCGGUUCCGCUCGCGCGUCAGCUGUUUUGUCCCCGAAGACCUAGAUAUUGCACGCACCGUCGCCGCAACCAGUAGUGUACCUGAGAACCCGCCCAAGUGCCCAAGUGUGUAGUGUGCUCGUUAGUUGCGGGGUCUACGGUAUUGAACCGCAGCUCUUGAAGUGUCUCGAAGCCGGUUUCCAGCCUGCAGUGUGGAAUGUAAACAAAGCGGUUUCGCGCACAGAUUCCACCAAAGGGUGGACCAGUAGACCUACACCGUGAAUCGCUCGGUGGUGGUAGAACUGCAGUGUCACCAGCUGUCCGAGCGGGUCUACAACCAACGAACCCUUGGCGGUACGUUCCGGUGCAGACCUCCAGCAACCGCACCGUGUACUCCGCGGUCCUCUAUGGAUUCUGAUUACUGUUAUUAUCGUUUCAAUUAGAUCAAUUUGCGCCAACUUCUGGGUGUAUUGUGUUGUGAACCAGUCAAGAGUUGGUCCAGCAGCAGCUGCUGCUGCAGCAGUGUAACAGAUUGGUCCAAACGCGGGGUGUCGGCUGGGGCCAACCUACACGACGAUCAGACCGACCAAUGUGGAUGCAUAAUUGGAAAAUUGGUGUUUGUGGUACAAGUAUGUUUACCUAAAAACCAUUACAAGCUGUGCUGAGAAAAUCUUGGAACAAUUCCGUACUAGCUAGUGGAUCGCGCGAGGUCGCCGCGCGUAACCCGCGCCGUCUGGCCCUUUGGCAAAGCAGGGUGUUUGCGGAUACCUUGGAACCGGCCAAGGUGAGGUGCUCCGUCUGAAGUGUAGUGUGCCGGCUAAUAACAAUCAUAGCGCACAGGUCGGUCAAUCGAUGUCUGGCUCGGUAGACUGCUGCUGCCCUUAAGCGUGGAAUAUAGUGCUACUGCGUUGAACCCUUGGCCGGAAGGGGAAAGUUGGUGUUGUUAUAGAACCUGCUGAACUUGGUGUGUGCCGUAUUGAGGCAAAUGUUUUUCGUGAUAAGUAGUGCAGCGUGCGUGACCGCCGGUGUUAAAUGCCGGCCGCUUUGAGUUUGUUUUGGCGCGGAAAACUGUGAAGAUCUUUGCCAGGUGUUGGCGUACGCAUGCGUGUUUUCGUGCAGCAAAGAAUGAGAAGGAUGAGCAUGUGGGCAGUGAGCUGUGAACUUUUGUAGAACUGCUGAAGUUUUUGAUAAAAAUGUUUCAUUUUAAAGAUAAUUUCAAAACUCAAUGAGAUAGUAAAGUAAACAUCACCCGAACCGUGGUCAGUAAUCGCGUCAGUAAUCUCCUCUACGAUCCAAUGAUUUCAUGUGCAAACCCAGCUCAUGCUGCCAGUAUUCAGAGAACUCAACCUGAACAACGUGUUUAUUAAACUAAAUAAUCGCCCAUUGAAACAUACACCGUAAUAACUACCGUGCGCCCCCACAAAUCUGCCAGUAACUUGAUACCUGAAAAAAGGAAGGAAAAAAAUCAUUGAAUGUAAACGAGAACAAUCGUUAAAUUAAACAACCCAUAAGCUCCCAGUCUGUGACGAAAAAGAAGAAGGAAAAAGGAAGAAAAAGUGAAGUGAACAAGACUGGACAGAACAACAUUCAAUAGAUUGUACACUUGAACCAAGCGAAACGCGUAAACACUUAAUUAUGUAAAUAAAAUAAUAAUUAUCCAUUAAGGCCAGUAUUUAAAUCCUAAGUGUUUUGUGUUAGUGUUAUUUCGUUAAGCUGUAUUUGUGUAUAAUUCGCUAUUAUCACGUCGAGUGUCCUGCACACCCCUUUUCCGCUCAGAUCUCUCCGGCUAAAUAUUGUUUAAACACACGCUAAAUCCAGCGCUAGGCAGGGUCCAGUUGACACCUGUCACACAAGUGUCUUGCUGAAAACGGCGCGCCACGACACUAACCAUAAAUAAUUAAUGAAAAGCUAAAUAGAAGUAAUUUGCGACGGCGGUGUCCACCAGCAGAAACACCCAGGUGCGAAAAAGCCCAAAGUGACACUUCCGCUUGGACUACCUCAGGUGUGAAUUGGAGUAUCGAUUUCACGAGAAGUGCAUUUGUGUGUGCCAGGUCGAACCAGUCACGAUUGUCACGUGUCCCCCCCACCGCAACCCACUCCCGGAGGUCGUUCAAAUCAGAGUGUAAUUAAUAACCCUGCCACCUGGCGGUGACUGGCGCAAACCGGCGCGAAGAAAGAAGGUUCCAGGACGUCAAGUGGUCAAUUAGACCGGUGUCCUAGAACAAGUGCAACGGAAGAGAGUGUGGUGUGUGGUGACUUGCAGCGGAGAACUAGGGCUUGGCCUUCUGGAUUAUGCGCUGCAAGCCUGCAACUCCGGCGACUUGAACGGCUGGCUGCCCGUGUUGAGGCACUACAAUCUACGACUUUGAACGGACGGAGCUGUUCUAGAGUCGUUGGCGAGGUUCUGCGCUGAUAAGUGAACUGGUCAACUCGUGGGGUUGGCGCUGCAGAGAGCGCGCGGGCUAGAGGUCAGCUCUCGGUUCAGGUGUGCCGCGUGCGCGCAAGACCGGAGACCUGCCUGCCCCUGCCUGAAGGAUUAUCAUUUUGAUACGGUGUACUGGAAUUUUAAUGGUUUACAUGAAUGGACUCGGCAAUGACCCUCUGUCUGCGAAGGAGGCAGAGGGCCCACCAGUCCAGCUAGAACCAGUUGAUCUCAGCGUUCGGUCACCACCAAAAGACUCUGCGGCAGCAGCACCAGAGGGAGAAGCGGCCACCGCGAAAUCCGCCGCCGCCACACUCCGGGUUCGAAGUGGCAUACUGAAGCGACCUCCGCCGCCCCUCAUCUCCGCGCCACACCUGCUAGCGUUAAGGCACAAAACGAAAGACUUAUUCUUCUCCAUCAACAACAAUGCCAGUAAUCACCACCACAAUCCGCACCACCCCGCCCACUCGCCAUUCACCGCCAGUCACCUGUUUUCGUCGCUCUGCGGCAGCACAACCCACAACAACAACAACGAAGAUGACGAGGAAGCGGACGUUGUUGCGUUAGCCAACAACAACAACAACAUUAGCAUAGCCAACAAUAACAACUACCUGAGCAACGAUGUCGAGUCCAAGUCCAGUACCUUCCGGGAGUCGCCCUUUCCCAUGUACAACUAUUGUGUUCAACAGAGUCCCACCUCGGGCCUCUUUCCGCCGCCCUUUGGGCCCUUUGGCCACCACCUGCCGGCCCUCUCCCCGCAGGACAUUGGCCGCCAUUCACCGCCGAAUCCCUUCCUCGAUCUCCACCACCAGCCUUCGGCGGGCAACUCCGCGACGGUGGGGACACCCGCGUCCUCUCCGCUGCAACAUCCCGUGCCAACAGCAGUACUAAGUUCCAAGCUGAUGCCGCCGUCGAUUCCGUUGGCCGCGUCGAUAGCCUCGAUUGCGUCGAGUCUUCCGAAGAAUCACCCGCUGAGCGAGUCAGCUUCGGCUGCGGCGGCCUUCCACCGGUUAUUGCAUCAACAUCCGGGAAGCGCCGCUUCGUCGGCGGCAUCCGGAAUUGCGGCCGCCGUGGCCGCCAGUCGUGCCUUACUGGAAGCCCAGCAUCGGAGUCAGCACCGAAGUCUCAGUCCGGUGGACCGGAUCAAGUCGGAGCGGACGGAUUUUUCCCUGUCGCCGAGGCCACCACCCGACGAUGGGGACGGGGGGAAGGGUUCUGGGUCCGGGACCGGUGGAACCAAGAACCGAAAAAUACACCGUUGUGACGCCACCGGCUGCGACAAGGUGUACACCAAAAGUUCCCACCUGAAGGCGCACAAGCGGACGCACACAGGUGAAAAGCCAUACAUCUGCACCUGGGAGGGCUGCGUGUGGCGCUUCGCCCGGUCGGACGAGCUGACGCGGCACUACCGGAAGCACACCGGCCUCAAACCGUUCCGCUGCAAGCUGUGUACACGUUCCUUUAGCCGCUCGGAUCACCUGUCGCUGCACAUGAAGCGACACUGAUUGUGUUGUGUUUGACACCCUUCAGAGCUACUUUCGAUGAAAUUAUUAGCUGUUAAGUAAAACCCAUUCACAAACUAUUUGCUGCAAAUGAGUGGGCAAACACACUACAACUAUUCCUAAAAGAGUUAACUUACUUUUUGUGUGUUGAAACGAAACGCGAUAAUACUCUCUGCCAACGAAUGAAAGCGAAUCCAUUUCAUACAACUAACUAAAUAGCUAAAUAUUUAGGCGUUAGGAGACAACAAAUGUGAAUCUCAUUGUUAUACGUUCUUAAAAGUGCUCUCUCUGUUUAAGUUAUUUCAGCUCUCUAGAGAAAGAAAAUGUCUGUGGGAAUUUAAACAUUUCGAAUUUACUUUACAACAGUCUACAAACAAAAUUGACUAUAAAAUUUACAGAUAUAAUCAACAAGUAUUAACAAAAGACAGUGCCAUCACCAAGGUUAAUGCGACAGCAUGCCCUAAACUCAUUCUAUAAAAUAUACCACUCAAAAUUUUCUACAGAUUUUCCUUGUUAAAAUUUGUUUUUACUAUAUUCUUCUCAAAAUACUUCAUUUUUAAAUUUCUUUAAAAAAAAGCGCAAGUUUUGAGGAAAACAAUCCGUCUGUGUGUCGUAUUGCGAAUCAUAUCAAUCAAGAAGAAAUUUCAAAUGGAUUUGGUGGCUUGGGCAAAG